AUGGUAACACAAUCAUCCAUAGAAACAUUUUCAUCAAUAAUAUCACCAACAACUAGUGGUCUCAAUCCACCCAAACUAUUAUUCGAUGAACCGUAUAAUUCUGACUUUCCUGAAGAUUCAUCCGGUGAAGAAUAUGAAGCAACAGUACCCGCUCCACCUACAUCUGCUACAAUUGAACCAUACUUAAAAUCUCCGCGACCGGUAUUACAGUCACCCAGUGAGACAACAAGGAGGGCAAGUCAAUGUUCUGAACGGGUUACAUCUCCCACAACCUUGUCAACAUCGGAUUCAGCUAAUAAUACAUCAGGUUUUAUGAUUAAUCCAAUGAUAGCUGCUGCUCAAAACCAACAAUCACCAUUAAUACUACGUGAACCAAGUGGUGAGAGUUUAUCUGAUAAUGUCAAUGAUAUAUCUCCAUCAACUCAAUCGUCACCUGUUGAUGUUCGAUCCCAAUUGGCGCAUGAAAAGAAUCGUCGUGAUACAUUUAAAAAAUAUAACUUAGAAACAUUUGCGGGCGUGCCUAUUGAAUGUUUAGCUUAUUGUGGUUUUUAUUUAAAUGGUGAAGGUACUGCAUUAUUAUGUCCAUGUUGUGAAGUGAAAUUGACAGUAAAUGAGUUUAAAUAUCAUAUGGAACAUGGUGCCGAAGGUUCAGAUAGUGAACCAUGGACACCAAUGCGGGUUCAUCGUCAUGCUAGUGGACAAUUAAUUGAUAAUACUCGUCCAUGGUGUACACUAGUUAAAAGGGAAUCAUUUGGUAUUUAUGCUAAUGUUGCACUAGAAGACAGCCGAAUGAAAUAUCCUGAAUAUCCAUCAUUAAACUUAAUUGAAAAACGGUUAAAAACGUAUACCGGAUGGGUAUAUCCCGGUGGCACAAGACUCAGCAAGGAACUAAUGGCAGCCGCCGGAUUUUACUAUUUGGGAAAAGAAACGUGUGUUUGCUGUUAUUAUUGUGGUAAUAAACUUCAAAAUUUUGAACCAAGAGAUGAUCCAUUUGAAGAACAUGCUUGUUUCUUUCCAUUAUGCGAUUAUAUUCAACAGCAACGAGGCAUCGAUUUUGUGAAUCGAAUAGUGAUGGAAAAUGGAAGAAUACCGGAAGCUAAAUUCAAAAUGGAAAAAAUUGAUGGUAAAGAAAUAAAACGUAUAGUCUGGGAUAAAAGUGGUCCAACUAUGCGUAAACGAAAACGUCUACCAGUAGUAAAACCAAGUCGUCUUGAUGUAAAAGUGGAACCAAGUUUAUCAGUACAUCCUGAAGAUAUCAUUGAUUGUUGUAUUUUCUGUUCGACAAAUCCAAGUACACAUGAAUAUGAUUGUGGUCAUUGUCAAAUUUGUGGAGAAUGUUUUGCAAAAUUAGAUGGACAACAAUUAGAACAAUGUCAGUUUUGCCGACGAAAAGCAAUAAUUCGAUUACGAGUACCAGCAGUAACAACACCCACUCCUCCAUAA